ACGCUCUCUACGCAGCGUACGCUUCACGAACAAAAAUGUUUACCUCGCAGCUUCAGAAGGCUCAACUGACAGCCGCUUCUCCAUCACCUAGCUCACCCUUUUCCAAAUCCAAGCGCGGCGCGAGGCGCUUCGUAUCCGCACUCGUGCAUGGACCAGCAAGGGAUGGUCAGCAUCAACAUGCCUUGAAGAAAAAGAGCCGUGGGGGCGAACACAGCGCUCACAGCAGGCUGCUCUGGGUGACGACAAAGUCAUAUUAGACCUUGCGAUGCCAAGAAAGGACGUUGUCGAGGGCCCAGUUGCUGGUGCGGCGAAGCUGGAUGGACCUCGAUUCACAUCCCGCUCGGCUCGUGGCCAUGUGUCUAAGGCGCAGGCAAAGCCGCACUUGACCAAACACAAUCUGAGCUGGACAAGCAUCGCAUUCUUGUCCUUCUUGGCAAUCGCCUGUGCCUUUUUAUCGUCCCGUCUGACAGCACAGCGUGGAAAGGAAGAGCCCAAUGUCACACAAGCGGGAGCCGAGGUAGGACGAAACGGACUUUUCCUGUUUGCUCAGCUCGCCGGCUUAGGCCUGCAGCUACCCAAUGCUCGGCAUAGCGCAGGACAUGCUGCUGUGCCUGGCUUCAUCAGAAGCGGCACAGUCUUGUAUCACGCCAGAACGGAUGCCGGCCUGCCGCCCAGUCCGGAGUGGCUCGCUUGGGACGUCGAGAUGAGCUUUGCGAUCAUGGCAAGCAGGCCGUCAGAGAACGGCACAUUCCUCCACACAUAUGCGCUCCAGAGACCCCUCCGCGUCUUGUAUCUUGAUGGGCAAUCAGCCGCACUCAGCGUCGAGCUCGGCGGGACCCAAAGUGCGGAGCUGCUUCUUCAGGGCAAGGCGAAGAUGAAAGGGCAUAGCGAGGAUCACGGACCAGGCACCCGUCGCCAUGACGAGCCAAAUUGGUGGGAUGACUAUGGCAGGGCCAUAAGGCUCUGUCGGUGGGCGAAACGGCAUGGGUCCAUCAUCGAAGCGAUUGUCAGGAUGAACACGGGCUUCGAAGUCCUGAUGUGUGAUCUCACAUCAUCUGCGCUCAAGCCACUCAAUCACCUCAACAUCACCGUUCCGGGGACCCCGCCCUUUCCAGCGCACAUGAGAAAGGGCAAGCACAGACCCAAGGGGCCGCCUCCAGGUCAUGCCGAGCGGACCCAUCCCCGGAAAGCCCACGCAAAGAAAGAAAGAGGAGGAGGACAUGGUCGAAGACCCCAUGCAGCUCACCGGCGUCACAAACACAAAGGGCACUCGGCAUAUCAUGAACAUAUGCGCCACUCUGAUCACCAAGAUCGGAGCCGUUCAAAGUCUCACAAGCACAGCGACCGUCGACUUGUCGAUGACGAACGGGCUACACAUUGCACCGACGCGGUGUAUGGACCACCAUCUUCUUUACCAGAUUUGCCUCAAGGAAUGAGAGGGCAUGUCUCUGACUACCGGCCGGGUGGGCAUCCCUCAGAUGGUCCUCGUCACGAGAGACCCCGAGGCCCUCCGCCUCGCGGACCGAAGUCGUGAGUAUGUAGUACCGCGGUGCGUCGCAGUGGUGCCCAGAAAUAUUUUCGUUAACCUCGGCAGCUUUGUCCGCACC